CAAUAAAUAGAGAAAGUUUCUCAAUGCUAAAUAAAUAUAAAACUAGAAAGAAGCAAACUCUAAACAGAGGAAAAGAGGCGUGUCCCAUUAUAGUUAAGAUGAGAAACUGAAACUCAGUUUCAGUUGUUGUAUACUUUGUCGGUGCUCACAGGGCAGAGCGUGUAAGAAGUAGUAGAGUAUAUUUGGAAUGGAUCAAAUGUUUAGAGAAGCGAAUAAAAAAGGAAAACAAGAAUGGCUGGAAAGAGUGAAAAGAGAAUUUCAAAAUGGCCCACUUGCAUCAAAUGUUGUGUUUGCCCUUAUUUUGACGGUCUUGGAAAGGUUGGUGCAGACAGAGUUUGAGUGCCCCUGUAAAGGGACAUACUUGAAUGGUGGUUUUGUGGCUACAUUUUUCAUCAUUCCUGGAAUUUUGGCCUAUGUGCUGAUGGCUUCAAUGCAAGAACUGAAGUGCUCACGUGACACAGACAAUGCAAAGCGAUUCUUUCACUGCUGCGUCCCUGCAUUUGUGUGGAUGAUCUUGAUGCUCUUUGAUGGCAGCUACUUUUCAUGUGGAAUGACUGAUUGGUCAGGCAGGUAUGUAACUGCUGACAAAGCUGCCCCACUGAAGUGGUGUGAACCAGAAAAUGGUACCUCAUAUCAGGAUAGACUGAACAAAUCUCAGGACUGGUACUUUCUCUCUCAGUGGGCUGGGCUUGCCUUGGUCUUGGUCUUGACUUUGGUCUUCCUGAUCAUAAAAUGCAUCAUAAAUACAUCUCUUGAACAAGAGCAAUCCAGUCCUCCUUCAGAAAGUGACUCUGAUCCAUGUGUUCCCCCAGAUCAAGCCUUUGGCUCAGGCUCAGCUGUCGCACUCCGACCUCUCCAUACCAACACUCCUGACACCAACGUCACUGAUAUGUGAAGAAGCAUAGUGUGACUGAGGAGCUGGAGUCCAUCCCAGCUGUCACAGAACGAGAGGCAAGAUAUACCCUGGA